GUCCAACCCAAGAGACCAUCUCACCAGCUCGACGUCUCCCUCGGCCGGACAAGCACCUUGCUGCUACACCAGUCGUAGCAGUUGUACAAGUAUGGCACCACCAGAGGAACUGGGCAGGCAACCUACUGCAGACGAUGGCGACACGGCCGUCAAGCCCAGCAUCGGCCAGACGACCACCACCGCCCUCGCAAUCCAGGCAGAGCACGAACUAACCUUCCGAGAAGCAUGCAGGCUGUAUCCUGCCGCCAUCGGCUGGUCAGCCUUUGUCUCCCUCGGCGUCAUCAUGCUGGCCUUCGACCCCCAGCUGCUGGGCAACCUGUACGCCACGCCACAGUUCUGCCGCGACUUUGGUUACCUGUACAACGGCGAGUACAUCAUCUCGGCCCCCUGGCAGACGGGCCUGUCGAUGGGCAACCCCGUCGGCCAGGUGGUGGGCGCCCUGUUCGCGGCGUACCCCAUGGACCUGUUCGGGCGCAAGUACACCUUUGGCGCCUGCGUGGCGCUGACGGGGUGCCUGGUCUUUAUCCAGUUCUUUGCGCGCAGCCUGCCGGUGCUGCUGGUGGGCGAGCUGCUCGGCGGCCUCGUGCUGGGGUGCUACGUCACGAUCGCCCCGGCCUACGCGUCCGAGGUGGCCCCCGUCGCCCUGCGCGGCAUGCUCACCAGCUACGUCAACCUCUGCUUCGUCAUGGGCCAGCUGCUGGCCAACGGCGUCACGGCCGGCACCGAGCAGAUGGACAACCACUGGGCCUACUCGCUGCCCUUUGCGCUGCAGUGGUUCUGGGUCGCCAUCAUCCUGCCCGGUAUCUUCUUUGUGCCGGAGAGCCCCUGGUGGCUGGCCCGGCGCGGCAGGCUCGAGGAGGCUGAGGCGUCCCUGCGGAGGCUGGCCAGCCCCGGGGUGGACGUCAAGCCUACGCUGGCCGUCAUCCUGGAGACAGACCGCCUGGAACAGGAGCUCGAGGCGGGCAGCACCUACAUGGACUGUCUCAAGGGCGUUAACCUGCGGAGGACUGAGAUUGCCUGUGGCGUGUACUGCACCCAGGUGUUGAGUGGCAUCUACCUGGUCAAUUACGCCACCUACUUCUUUGAGCUUGCUGGCCUUCCUGAUGGCAAGGCUUUCGAUGUCAGCAUCGGUUUCCUGGCGGUGGGCUUCGUGGCCACUAUCAUCUCCUGGUUCCUGAUUACGCGCAUCGGCCGGCGUCGAAUCUACCUCACCGGUCUGGCCUGCUUGGUUGUCUUGAUGCUCAUCAUCGGCAUCCUCGACUGCAUUCCUGGUCGACCUUCGGGCGUGGAGUGGGCCGAGUCAGCGUUGAUGAUCAUCUGGAACUUCGCCUAUGAUCUCUCUGUCGGCCCCAUAUGUUUCAUCAUCAUUUCUGAGGCGUCGGCCACACGAGUCCGCUCUAAAUCGAUCGCAGUAGCCACCGCCGCUCAGGCAGUACUCGGCAUCGCCAUGACGGUUGCGAUUCCCUAUAUGAUCAAUCCCGACGAGGCGAACAUGCAGGGCAAGCUGGGUUUCUUUUUCGGCGGAUUGGGACUGCUCUGCUACGCUUGGGCAUUCUUCCGUAUGCCGGAGACGAUGGGGCGCACUUACGAGGAACUCGACCUGUUGUUUGACAAGAGGAUACCGGCUAGGCAGUUCAAGGGUUAUGUGAUCGAGCUUGACGAGGCUGAGAAUUGAUGGACAGGGACGGCGUUCUCAGCUCUUCAUCGCUGCAACAGAUUUGUCGUGCAUUCACUAUCUAAUUACCCGUACACCUCAACCGCCCAGCUAGUGCUUAAUACGAAUCAUGUGUUCAUGCU